UCUCACUCAAAACCUAACCAUGGCUUCUGAGCCUUCUUGGACUGCCACCCCCUCCCCUGGGGGCACCCUGCUGGUCCCCAAUGCCACCACACCCUGGCUGGGUAGGGAUGAAGAACUAGCUAAGGUGGAGAUUGGUAUCCUAGCUACUGUCCUGGUUCUGGCUACAGGAGGCAACCUGGUUGUACUACUGAGUCUGGGCCGCCAGGGCCACAAGCGCUCCCGCAUGCAUCUGUUCGUGCUGCACUUGGCCCUAACCGACCUGGGCGUGGCGCUUUUCCAGGUACUGCCUCAGCUGCUCUGGGACAUCACCUACCGCUUCCAGGGCUCUGACCUCCUCUGCCGGGCUAUCAAAUAUCUACAGGUGCUCAGCAUGUUUGCUUCCACUUACAUGCUGCUGGCCAUGACGCUGGAUCGGUACCUGGCCGUCUGUCACCCUCUUCGAAGCCUCCAGCAGCCCAGCCAGUCCACCUACCCUCUCAUUGCUGCUCCCUGGCUCCUGGCUGCCAUCCUCAGCCUCCCUCAGGUUUUCAUUUUUUCGUUGCGAGAGGUGAUCGAGGGCUCGGGGGUGCUGGACUGCUGGGCAGAUUUCUACUUUUCCUGGGGCCCGCGGGCCUACAUCACCUGGACCACCAUGGCCAUCUUUGUGCUGCCUGUGGUGGUGCUCACGGCUUGCUAUGGCCUCAUCUGCCAUGAGAUCUACAAGAACCUGAAAGUCAAGACGCAGGCUGGCAGGGAGGAAAGAAGGGGCUGGCGGACUUGGGAGAAGUCCUCAUCUUCUGCCGCUGCUGCAGCCAGUAGGGGACUACCCUCCCGGGUCAGCAGCAUCAGUACCAUCUCCAGGGCGAAGAUCCGAACCGUGAAGAUGACCUUUGUCAUUGUGCUGGCCUACAUUGCUUGCUGGGCACCUUUCUUCAGUGUCCAGAUGUGGUCUGUGUGGGACGAGAAUGCCCCCAAUGAAGAUUCUACCAAUGUGGCUUUCACUAUCUCGAUGCUUUUGGGCAACCUCAGCAGCUGUUGCAACCCCUGGAUCUAUAUGGGUUUCAACAGCCACCUGUUGCCACGUUCCCUGAGUCACCAUGCCUGCUGCAGGGGUUCCAAGCCCCGCGUACACAGGCAGCUCUCCAACAGCAGCCUCACAAGCCGCCGUACAACACUGCUGACCCAGUCCUGUGGUCCAUCUACUCUCCGUCUCAGCCUUAACCUCAGCCUCCAUGCAAAGCCCAAGCCUGCAGGCUCACUGAAGGAUUUAGAGCAGGUAGAUGGAGAAGCCACUAUGGAGACCAGCAUCUUUUAG